CCAAAAGUGACUUGUGAAUGCUUCAAACAUCUGCGACGUCCAACCCAAAUACACUCAACAACGCAGCGGCUAUUUUCCGAUAUUCGCACGCCUCCCUUCGCCGCUUUUAGCAUCACUUGAUGGUUUGAUAGCGCAAACAUUCACGGGCUCACUGCCUCCGCCUUCAACAUGACAGCUUCCGCUGCGCGCCGCAGGUUGCGGACACCCCCUCGAGCAACUCGAACCAAACCCAUCAUCUCCUACGCAGAACCUGAUUCCGACGGCGACCUCGAAAUUUCUGAUGCAGACUCGACCUCCGAGAAAGAGAAUCGCACUCUUACACGACAAUACCGCCAAAAUACAACCUCUCAACGACCCGGAAAGCGUUCCAGACUGGCUUCCUCCUCCCCUCGUGUCGACGAGUCCGACGAUUCCGAUUUUAAGCGCACACCGAAGAAGCGCAGAGUAUCAUCGAAACCAAGCACACCAAAGGCGAGCACAAGCGAAGAUACUGUUCUGAUUGAAGGUUCUGGUGUCAUUCCGCCGUGGCGAGAUCUCCCGUAUCAAGUACUUGUACAGAUAUUCCAAUAUGCCUCACACCCUCUCUACGAUGACCGCACCUUUCAGCCUCUUCCUUCGGGCAGAUGGCUGGUCCGUACUGCGAAUGUCUGCCACGCCUUCGCCGAACCAGCUUUGAAAGUUCUGUACUCCUCCCCUCCACUGGUUCCGAUGAUUCAGGCACAUAUGUUGGUUGAUCUGCUGACGGCUGAUCCUGCAUCAAUGGCAUUCAAGUAUAGACCAAAGGUUGAGUCACUUCAAAUUGACGUUGACCAGGUUGCUGCAUAUUCACUUGGGGCGGGCCGGGGCCACUUGGAUCUGCAUGGACUCAUCAAGGAUCUGCCACGCCUUGCUGCGUUGGAGUUCUAUCACCAGAAGGACAUGUCGCCUUACCGAAACCUUGAUGAUACUAUCAAGUGGACAUAUCCCGAGUCGAUCUUCGAGGCGCUCGAAUACGUCAAUCCCAAUGCCGACGCACAACAAGGUGAUAAGACAAGCCUAUCCAGGUUGCAGAGCUGGCGUUGGUCGUCGAGAUUGGCAGGAAAGAAGUGGCCAAUUGACAAACUGCGAGAAAUCCACAUGAAGCCUUCCUUCACUUCCCUCCGGAAGAUUGCUUUCGUCAACUACCAAGUCCCUUACCUCAAGAAGGAUGAAGAAGAUCCGAAGCACGAGAAUAUCCUUGCCGAAUCCUUGAAUGCACUUCCCGAAUUGGAGCACUUGAUCUUCGAAUCAUCGACCCUUUGCAAUGCCAAGCUACUUCCUCUCUUACCUACCAAUCUGCGCAACCUUGAGCUGGUCAAUUGCUGGGAGAUCAUUGCGGAUGACUUGGCCGAGUUUCUUCUGACACAUGGUCGCCAACUCCGCGUUUUGACGCUCAACCACUGUCAGUCACUUAGCUUGGCAUUCCUUCCAACACUCGGCGAAGCAUGCCCGAACCUCCAAGUUUUCAGGAUGAACCUUACCUACUUCAACCUCCAUGCUACAUAUCGCGACUCAGAGCCUCAGUAUGAGCAACUCUUGCUUCCUGAACAAGUUCCCGUUUGGCCAUCCACGCUUCAAACCAUUGAGUUAAUCCAGUUGCGAAAGUGGGAGACCCCAGCAGCAGAGAUGUUCUUCCAGAGUUUGUUGGACAGUGCUGGCAAUCUUCCUGAUCUCCGCCGUUUGACCAUUCAAGCCAUUCUGAACAUUGGCUGGCGUGACAGGGCAUCAUUCCGCGACAAGUGGGUUGGGUCAUUGGCACGCGUCUUCAAGCGAGUCUCUGAACCUCCCAUGGAACACGCCUCUGUCCAACGCGCAAUGGGCCAGUUGACUCUCGACAAGAAGACGGAGCCCAUUAAAGCAGAUGCCGUUGUUAAAGAGGAGCCCAAGUCCCACUGUUUCUGGCCAGCCACUGCUCCCAGUUCCAGCAGUGUUUCUCCUCAAGUCAACUCAGCUGGCUCCCCUCCAACCCGCCGCUCAACACGCAUCCGUCAACCUCAACCAGGAAAAUACGCCGAAUCCUCUGACUCCGAAGCCGAGGACCCAGUUGAGGCAGGAACCCGCAUCUCCGCCCGCGAAGCCAGCCGUCGAUCUAAAUUCGAGCGCGAGCUUGAGGUCUUGCAUGCAACGGCUGGAAUACACACUCCCGACCUCACAUCCUCUCCCAAAUCCUACGAUGAUUCAUCGGAUGAUGAUAAGCUCCUGGUCUCCAAGAAGGGCAAGGGACGCGAGCGGGAAGUUAUCCAAGGCAUGUGUGAGGUUGUUGAAGUCAGGAUCGAUAAUCUCAGACCAACGGAGAACCAGGUCACCGAGAGGGAUUUCCUGGAUGCGGAGCCGAGUGGUGAUGAGGAUUGGGAUGGAGAUGAUGAUGAUAUUGGUGGUGGUGGUGGUGGCUAUGCUUGGUGAUUUGCUUACGACUACUUUACUUCUUGUACAUCUGUGUUAUUACGCUUGCAUUUUUGUUUUUUCUGUGGCGUUGAGGAGGGCAUCCGAGCAUAUGACCGGAGGCUAAAUUGUGCAUUUGCGUGGCUUGGACAUGGAAGGGCGGGGUUGUAUUAUGAAAGGAGGGGCAUAUCAUGGACUGGAUAGAUGGGGCGGGGAGUUGUAUCAUGAAAACGCAUAGGCAUACGAUGGAUGGAUAGAUGGAAAUAGAGGCUUUUCUUUUGCCUCUCUCAUAAGAAAGGACGUUAGCUUUGCUGCUUGCGGUUUGCAAUUGCGGCGAGGCUUACCUUUGUGUGUACAUUAUGGCUGGCAAAUCAAAUGCGAAGGAAACGACCAGCUUGUAACUUAUAAUCUUACAAAAGAAGUAAAAGAUGCAUGGAAUGAAUUUACUUUCUC